AUGGAUGGUCGAAUACGUCGUCGUUCAAUGGAGCAUUUAGAACUUUAUGAUUUAGAUAAAUUAAUAUUAUUAUCAUCAAAUCAUCAAUUACCUCCACCUCCACCUCCACCUUUACCACCUCCACGUAAAUAUCGACGCCGUUUACCAGCAAGUCAAGCUUUUGAACGUUAUAGUUUUCUUUGUGAUAGACAACGUCAUAAUACAGAUCCGAUUUAUGCUGCUACACCAAUGUUUACAACAAUAUCACAAUCAACAUCAGUAAAAGGUCCUCGACGUUUACUUGGUACUCGUCUGCCUUCAAAUAUUAUUAAAUCCGUAUCGUCUACAUCUUCUAAACCUCUCAAGUCAGAAAAUACUGAAGAAAAUGGUGAUACAAAAAAAGAAGAAAGUAGCGAUGAUGAUGAUAAUCGUCCAAAUGCAAUUGAUGAUAAUAGCAAUAAAAGUGAUAAUGAUAAUGAUAAUGAUAAUGAUGGUAGAAAUUCAUCAAGAAGUAGUGAUGAUGAUGGUAUUGAUGAUAUUAUUGAUAAUGACGAUGAUAAGUUCGAUGACGAUGAUAAUAAUCAAGGAAUCGUUGAACUUAUGUUCAACGGAGAUAAGAAAAUGUCAUAA